AAUUAAAUCUCUUACUGUAAAAUGUGUAAAUAUUGUCUAUGUAACAGGUUAUUAACAUGUCCAAUUCUGGUAGGUUACUGUUGGUGUGUGAACAGUUCUGGACAGAAGAUCCUGGGUACUGAGACUCUACCAGGCACUGCUAGAAUCAACUGUGCCACACAGAAUGCUACGAUACGACCCAAGACCCCCUGUGAGCGUGCUAGAGAUGAUGUGAUAAAUGGCCUAAUUGGAGCCUUCAUCCCCACAUGUGACGCCGCUGGACAAUACACCCCUGAGCAAUGUUCCGGCUCUACAGGUUACUGUUGGUGUGUGAACAGUUCUGGACAGAAGAUCCUGGGUACUGAGACUCUACCAGGCACUGCUAGAAUCAACUGUGCCACACAGAAUGCUACGAUCCGAUCCAAGACCCCCUGUGAGCGUGCUAGAGAUGAUGUGAUAAAUGGCCUAAUUGGAGCCUUCAUCCCUACGUGUGAUGUCGCUGGACAAUACACCCCUGAGCAAUGUUCCGGCUCUACAGGUUACUGUUGGUGUGUGAACAGUUCUGGACAGAAGAUCCUGGGUACUGAGACUCUACCAGGCACUGCUAGAAUCAACUGUUCCACACAGAAUGCUACGAUCCGAUCCAAGACCCCCUGUGAGCGUGCUAGAGAUGAUGUGAUAAAUGGCCUAAUUGAAGCCUUCAUCCCCACAUGUGAUGUUGCUGGACAAUACACCCCUGAGCAAUGUUCCGGCUCUACAGGUUACUGUUGGUGUGUGAACAUUUCUGGACAGAAGAUCCUGGGUACUGAGACUCUACCAGGCACUGCUAGAAUCAACUGUGCCACACAGAAUGCUACGAUACGACCCAAGACCCCCUGUGAGCGUGCUAGAGAUGAUGUGAUAAAUGGCCUAAUUGGAGCCUUCAUCCCCACAUGUGACGCCGCUGGACAAUACACCCCUGAGCAAUGUUCCGGCUCUACAGGUUACUGUUGGUGUGUGAACAGUUCUGGACAGAAGAUCCUGGGUACUGAGACUCUACCAGGCACUGCUAGAAUCAACUGUUCCACCCAGAAUGCUACGAUCCGACCCAAGACCCCCUGUGAGCGUGCUAGAGAUGAUGUGAUAAAUGGCCUAAUUGAAGCCUUCAUCCCCACGUGUGAUGUCGCUGGACAAUACACCCCUGAACAAUGUUCCGGCUCUACAGAUGCUACGAUCCGAUCCAAGACCCCCUGUGAGCGUGCUAGAGAUGAUGUGAUAAAUGGCCUAAUUGGAGCCUUCAUCCCUACGUGUGAUGUCGCUGGACAAUACACCCCUGAGCAAUGUUCCGGCUCUACAGGUUAA